AUGGACAAGAGCCAGAUCACCAAGCAGAGACGGUCUCUCGAGCAUGAAGACUAUGAUGCUCCAACAUUCCGGGGUAAUGCGUGUGACCGCGAUGACACUUAUGAUCCGAGAUUGCCUCAGCGAGACGUCAGGCGUGGCCGAGAGGAGCGAAGCCAUAUAAGAGAGCGGAGCCUGAGUCCGUACAGCAGGAGGUUAGCUCUGACGCAGGCGAUGAAUAUGUGA